AUGAACCUUGCAACUCGAAAGAAGGCAAAACCAUCAUUUGUUUGUUUGCGGUGUAAACAGAGAAAGACUAAAUGCGACAAACUUUGGCCCACAUGCUCGAAAUGCAAGAGUUCAUCUUCAGUCUGCACCUACGAAAUAGAACCAGGACGAACUAACAUAUCACCUCCCACCACUAAUAGCACACACGGCGGUAUUAAGAGCAUUACUCCCUCUUCAAUUUCCACAAGUGACUCUUCUACUUUCACUCCAUAUGCAAGUGCUAAAGACUGGGAAAUGAAAAAUUUUGCCCUGAGGCUAUGGAACGCACAUGAAAAACUUGUGGUUAUGAAUAAUACAACCAUUGUUGAUAGCCCGUUUGCUUUCCACAGCAUCCUUCAACAAGAUUUAUUCUCCAAAGCUUUAACCACUUGCAUACACGGGAAAAUACUGAUUGAUGUUGAACGCCAUCGUGAGAAUGCGUCUAUCGAUAGUGAGAAAAAAGAAAUGAACUUACCAAUUAGUGAUAUCGGACCCUUGUUUUUUAUUGAUAAAGCCGCGUUGAUAUUUUGUGAUGGUACUUCUAAAUUGAGUAAAUUGUCUCCGCCAGUGGACUUUUUAUAUAAUACGUAUGAUUAUGAGCAAGCCUAUCCUGAAGAACGUAACGACAAAAUCUCAAUUGAUAUCCUUUUGCAGGAGCUAUCUCAAUAUUUGUUGAACAAGCAUGAGGUUGACACCUUAUUGACGGAAUUUUACAAGGCAAUUUAUCCGAUGUACCCGUUCUUGGAAAUAUCAUUAUUUGAAGGAAAUAUGAAGGAAUUUUUGCAGCCAAACAACUUCAAUGGUUACACCAUUGUAUUAAACGAUAAGAAAUCUAGAAGAAACCUGGAAACUAUCACACUACUAACCAUUAUAUUGGCUCUUUCUCAUAGAAGUUUAACCUUACGCAACGACAUUCUUUUUGAAGAAUCCUCCCAGGUGAAAGCUAAUAAUUUGUCACUAAUUGCUCACAAACUUAUUUCUCUCAUGAAUGUCUUCACAUAUACGAAUGAGCACACGUUUUGUUGUUUGUUAUAUUUUUUCAUAUUACGGUGCCUGAAUCCAGAUCAGAUUGACAUGUAUCCCUCCCACAGCGACUUGUUAAAUCUGAAGUUUUUGAAUGAAGUUGCAAUAAAACUAGGAUUAAACGAAGAACCCUUCCAAUACACCAGAUAUAUCAUCGAAGAGGACGAUUAUCCGAGGCUGUUCAAUUUAAGAAGAAAAUUAUGGUUAGGCGUCCAGUUUUUAAAAUUCCAAAUGUCAACACCGGAGGGUGAUUCUGACAUACUGAGUUUGGAAUAUCUACGGUCCUUUAUUAAGAUCGACGAAUCACUGCCUGAGCUGUUUGAAAAAAACUACACUUCUACUAAUAAUCUAGAUUUAUCAUUAAUGGCUAUAUCAGAGGAUAUCUAUCAUUUCCACUUAUCAUUACAGGAACUGUUAACUUCCUGCGCACCAAUUAAUGGUUCUUCGUAUUUGAAAGAAAUAUUAAAUAAUAUUGAUAGAGCCAAGAAUUUUUUAAAUCAAAAAUUUCCUAUUCUGUUAAAUUCUCCGGAAGAGCCUAAAUUGAAAAGCUUGCAUAUUAACGUUCCUUCUUUGUUUGCAAACGGCGAGCUUUUUGAUUUGAGAACCUUUGAAGAAAAUGAAACAUUUAUGACCAAUGUUAUCGGAUAUACUAGUACUAUGAAUGUCCAUCACAGUUUGGCCUUGUACUUUGAAAAGAAAUGCUUCGAGAAUCCCUCUGAAUACGAGAAAUAUUACCAUCAUUUUACUUUUACCGCUAUGCAAGAUUAUUUGACGUUGCUUAAAUUAGUCUCAGAAUACUUCAACGGAAGCUUGGCUCACUUACGAGAGCCUUUCGGGUUUGUAACCCAAAAAGUCGUUUGGUGCUCCAUACUCAGACUACUUAUAUUUCAGGCCACUCUACUCGUUAAGUUAUCCUUCAAGAAAAGUACAUGUGGCCGACCCGCUGUAUUCACGGGAAUGGAAGAUGAUAGAAACACGAAAAUUAUUCAGGUUAUUGAUGGACUGAUUAAACUAAUGUCAUACCAUAUGAAAUUGCUGAUCGAAAUUAUUACUUCUAAUUUAGAGAAGCAUUAUAUCGGUUCAUUCAUAUCAGUCACUAUAUUCCGGUAUAUUAUAUAUUUGGUAGAUACUGACGAGUUGUCUUCACUGAUAGUAGAUUACUGGAAAAGUAGCGCCAAUGUGAAUGAAAAGUACAGAAAAAUUCAUAAAAUUGUUGGCCUAAAAUGGGGAUUAAGUCGAAGCAAAUCGUUUUCAAUCGCUUCAAAGCUCAACAAUCCGCUGGUCCUAGGAAGCUUAAACCUAGAGAUUUUAAAAAUUUUGGAAAAACUGGUCUCCGAUCAAGAAUUCUCAAGAAACUUUAGUGGUGAUGUUGAUCCCUUACAGAAUGGAGUUGAUAUCAUGAACUAUGACAGUGACGCUUUUGACCAAUUAACGGAAACUGACUUUGAGAGGUUGCUCGGAUUUUUCCCCGACUUGACUAACUUGUAA